UAUUCAGAGGGAAAAGCUAAAAACUCUGGAAAGAAAGAGAGAAAAGCAGAUCUGCUUCCAAUCUAAGCUACGGAGGUCGGCUUGGGUAAACAACUGUUGCGCUGCAGUCUCUCUCUCUCUCUCUCUCUCUCUCUCUCUUCGGCACACACGCACGGAGGGGAAGGACGCUCACACACUAACAACAACAGCAGGGUGUUGGUAGGGGAAAAGAGUUCAGUAUGGGGCUCUUUAACUAUGUCGCGAAACUAACACCGUUUAACAUGGAAGCGUUUCGCUUCUAUCAUGUCUUCGCAGUCGUGUGCAUUAUCUACAUUUCAGCAGUACUGAUUAAAUGGUCGAUUAAGAGAAACCGCUGGAUACGUGCCCUAGAGCAGUUUCCUGGACCUCCUGGUCACUGGCUUCUUGGACACGUUCCAGAGUUCAAGGGAGAUGGAACAGAUAUGGGGAAGAUACCCAAAUGGGGAGAACAAUAUCCAUUUGCCUUCCCAAUGCAGUUUAGCCCAGAUAUUUUAUUUCUUUUUGUCCAUCAUCCAUCUUAUGUCAAGCCCAUACUGGCAACAACAGGACCAAAGGAUGACUUUGGAUAUAGAUUUCUCAUUCCUUGGAUAGGACAAGGUUUACUUGUUACUGAUGGACAGAAAUGGUUUCGCCACAGACGACUUCUCACACCAGGCUUCCAUUAUGAUAUCUUGAAGCCUUACGUGAACAUAAUGGCAGAUUCAGCAAAGGUUAUGCUGGACAAGUGGGAAGCGUAUGCAAAAACAGGGCAGACUUUUGAACUUUUUCAGCAUGUUAGUCUGAUGACAUUGGACAGCAUAAUGAAGUGCGCAUUUAGCUGCCAAAGCAACUGUCAGACUGAGAGCAGGACAAACCCAUACAUAAAGGCAGUGUAUGAACUGUGCUACCUGGUGAACCUACGAUUUCGUGUCUUUCCAUAUCACAAUGACAUCAUCUUUCACCUGAGUCCACAUGGCUACAGAUACAGAAGAGCAUGCAAAAUUGCACACACCCAUACAGAGGAAGUCAUAAGACAGAGAAGAGAAAUUUUAAAUAAUAAUAAGAAAAACCAGGAUGAUGCUCAGAAGAAGAGAUAUUUAGACUUUCUUGAUAUUCUUUUAUGUGCUCAAGAUGAGCAGCAGCAGGGCUUGUCAGAUGAAGCCAUCCGAGCAGAGGUAGACACUUUUAUGUUUGGGGGACAUGAUACUACUGGCAGUGCCAUCUCCUGGAUAUUCUACAACAUGGCCUGCAAUCCUGAGCAUCAGCAGAAGUGCAGAGAGGAGAUACAGCAAGUGCUAAUGGGAAAGGAUACUAUCCAGUGGGAGGACCUCAGUAAAAUACCAUACACCACAAUGUGCAUUAAGGAAUCUCUGCGCAUAUGUCCUCCUGUUCCGUUAAUGGGACGAAAGUUGUCACAGCCAAUGACUUUUUUUGAUGGAAGAACAGCUCCUGCAGGUUGUGUUAUUGGAAUCAGUAUAUAUGGAAUUCAUCACAACCCUACAGUUUGGGAGAAUCCAAAGGUGUUUGAUCCCCUGAGAUUUCUGCCAGAAAACACUGCUAAGAGAUCCCCCCAUGCCUUUGUGCCUUUCUCAGCUGGACCGAGAAACUGCAUUGGCCAGAACUUUGCUAUGAAUGAGAUGAAAGUGGUCGUGGCUCUGACGCUGAGGAAGUAUGUUCUCAUCAAAGAUCCAGACCAUACUCCAGAGAUGGUCCCUCGAAUAGUGCUCAGAUCUCUCAAUGGUAUACACCUCAAGAUCAAAUUAGUGGAACAUGAACUUUAAGAAGAUACAAAGAGUACAUAAUACAUUUUUAAACAACAUUUUUAAAUUCCUAAAGCGCAUGUAAAAACCUUGGUAUACAAAUACAAUAUUAAUGAGUAUAAAUAUUAAGCAAUGGUAAAGAUUCUGAUGACUUAAAUUUAAUGUAAUAGUCUAUUUAAUGAGAAAGAUGUAUAAAAAUCAUUGUUUAUCAUUUCUAAUUUCUUUUUGAAAGCACUUGUCUGCAUUAUCAGUGUGUGUAUUGCAAUUUUAAUACAUGGAUGUAAAAUACGGAACAUGUUUUGUUUUAUGCUGCACAUGAGAGACAAAGAUAACAUUCACAAGAUAACAUUCACUGUGUUUUGGUAUAAAAGCAAAAACAUGUACUAGAAAAUAUUACACGUUUCGGCAAAUCUGCCAUCUAGAGACUAAAGUCGAGCAUUACAGCCAUGUCAUCUCAUACUCUGAAUGGGUUUGAGUUUCUAUAUUUUUCCAAGGAGUCCUUUUUUUACAACUUGGUGAGCAGAAAACCAUCUUAGAAAGCACAACACGUCAAACUGAGAGGUGGAUGGACUACAACAGAAGAUGGUCAAGAUGUCCAACCCUGUCAGCUAAGUUUUCGGAUUUG